ACUCUCUGGAAAAUGGGAAAAAAAAAAAAAAAAAAAAACUUGGCAUGAGUAUUUCUGUAUGCAUGUCAGGAAUCAGCCCAGCUGCAUCAAUGUCUCCAAGUGUUUUAUGCCCAAUGAAGUCAGUCUCAUUUAAAAAUUCUAAUAAGGGCUUUUGAUUUCAGAAAUUGUUAUACAGCAUCAAGCAGAGAGCAAGGAUUUUGUGUGAAGAAACGGAACAGCAGGUAAAUUAUUGCUGAUAAUUAAAAUAGGAAGCUUUUAAUAACAUAAUUACGUAAAUGUUACAUCAACUUCCAAAGCAAUUUCGCAACACCAUAAAUUUUCAUUCUGCCAGAAACAGCAGCAUCACCUCCUCAGGAACAGCAGCCACUGUUCUUCAAUAUAUUAUUUUCAAUCCAUAAUAGGCAACAAAUAAUCCGGCUCAACCAUAACUGGCAGGGAUGAAGAUUUGUUUCAAUUGACAGGGUUUCCAUUGCCAGGCUGGAACCAGGUUGAAAUGAAUUAUACGCUUACAAAAUCUUGAGAUGGGGUGCAUGAAAUGAUUCAAGGAGAUAAAAUCUCACCAAGGUGUUUAUAAGAAAAAUGAGGGGGGUUUAGAAAAUACAGACUCGAACCGAACAAUUUCUGGUUCAAACUGUGAACUUCAACACUAAACUUUUGAUUGAUAAAUACAGAACACAGUGAGCAGGCAAUCAAACUUGAACUGACCACAUCCUAUAUGCUUCGAAAACUUCUCACAAUGGAUAACCUGCUAAAUCAGUCAUAUGUAGGCAAUGAGCUCAAGUAAACUGAACAAACAAACACUCCCUGUUCCUGACAGCUCCUAAAGUCAAAUCAUCCACAUGACACAUCUGACAACCUCCCCACCACAUCAUCUCUCAUUACCCCAACCAAACACACCAACAUAUGAAUGAUGACUCAAGUUUUGCAAGCAGACAAUGCCGUACACAUGUCUGUGAUGAGUUUAAGGUCUCAUAACUGCAAUCUAAUAAAACACAACUACUCUAGGCAGUGAAUAAGACUGUCUCUGUUACAAUCAGAGAGAUUCUGUCUGAAGAGAGGAAUAAAUCAAUAGGAUUUUAAGCACUGCUGCCGGCCAUGUUGUUGCUAGUCUCAAAUGUAUGAACAACCUACUAAACACCGUUCAACAGCUAUUUUUUCAGUAAGCAAACAGGUGUUCUCCAUUAUAAAGCAGAUUCCAGAAAGAAAGAAAAAACCUUUGUUCUGUUGUUCUUUCUGCAUGUUACGAAAUGUCUUAUUUGUGAAAUGAGUGGUUGAAUUGCUCACUUAACCGAUUUAUUAGAAAACACUGUCUCACAGCCAAACCCUUUCACUUAUUCUAUUUUGUUGUAACCUAGAUUGAUUCACAUGACGGACAAACAAACUGAACAAAACACAUUGUUCAGCAGCUACUCAUUCAUGAAUAAGCUGCUUUGUCACUCCGAAUUUUGUUCAGAUUCAAAACACUGACUCUAAACGGAACAUAUUAGUACCUUAAAGAUACAUUUUAGUACCUUUUGAAAGGGUACCUCCCUAGAAACAGUUUUGUACUUAUUUUUUCUCAGAGUGUAGGUCCAACCAAUGCCAUUGCUCAUUACAGCCUGCACUCUAAAGCUAUUGGCUUGUGCUACAGUUAAGGCUCAUUCACAGCAAUGAUGAGAGCUGUAACAAUAGUUAUCAUUUUAAGUUCUAAAAAUAAUCAUUCUAAUUUUAUGAGAAUAGAGAAGACCACAAACAGAACAAUAACAUGUUGAGGAACGAUAUCAUUGGAAUCACUUUCAGAACAAUUAUUUUUUUUUUUUCCAGAUGAUAAAUUCUAAAAACAUUAGCCAAUCAGAAUCUACCUGACUUUAAAGAGCUCGAGCAUUUAAAGCCACAGGCCACAACUGAAAAGUAUGCUUAUAAUAAACAGAAUGUCACCGUUGGUACUGACACUGGUAUGUAAGCGUCUGUUAAACAAAGAAGGGAUUUUGAUUAUACAGCCAGUUGUGAUGACCUUCUUUGGCCUACAGAGGGCGCCAUUACACAAGUGCACCAAUGCAUCUUUCGUGCUCAAAGCCAUUUAAAGUCAUAGACGUCUUUACAGUGCAGGAGUUACAUAGCAGCAAGUGUUACGUAGAACCAGGGUGUGUGAGGACUUUGACAGGAGACACGCAGUGACCUCUGGUUGUAUGGUCUCUCUGGCUCCAUGGAUGUGAGUGAGCUAAAAAUGUUACCUGCUGGGGAAAGCGAUGGCACAAAGGUGUGUGUAAAAGUGCCGGGCCCAGCUCUGACAUACCAGAAUAUUCACUACUGCAUUAGAGAAAGCCGUGGACCGUGCCGCAAGAGAGGACCUGAGCGAGAAAUCCUAAAAAACGUCAGUGGAAUCAUGAAAACCGGCCUGAAUGCAAUCAUGGGAGCAACAGGAAGCGGAAAAACAUCGCUGUUAGAUGUGAUCGCUGGAAGGAAGGAUCCUCGUGGUUUGCGUUCAGGUCAAGUUCUGGUUGACAACAAGGUCGUGACCUCUGACCUCCGUCUCAUGUCUGCGUACGUCGUACAGGAUGAUAUCCUGAUGGGCACUCUGACUGUGCGGGAGAAUCUUUUAUUCUCUGGAAAUCUGCGGUUGCCAAGGAAACAGUAUUCCACUGCUGAUAAGAAAAAAAAAGUGGAGAGCAUCGUUCAGGAGCUGGGAUUAGAGGACUGCGCAGACACCAAGAUUGGUACAGCGUUUAUAAGAGGUGUAUCAGGAGGAGAACGAAAGCGCUGUAGCAUUGGUAUGGAGCUCAUUACGUCUCCUACUCUUCUGUUCCUGGAUGAGCCGACCACAGGCCUCGACUCCAAUACAGCUAACAGCAUCAUUGCUCUCUUGCACAGGUUGUCACGGGGUGGUAGAACUAUAAUUUUCUCUAUCCACCAGCCACGCUACUCAAUCUUCAAGCUCUUUGAUCACCUGACACUUCUCCAUAAGGGAGAAACUGUUUAUACUGGCCCUGCCGUCAAAGCUGUGGACUACUUCCAGAGUCUGGGUUAUAGGUGUGAGGCUUUCAACAACCCUGCAGAUUUCUUUCUGGACAUAACAAAUGGGGAGGUUCUUUCUUCAAUGCCAACAGAGAAGUCAUUGGCUGAGCUUUACAGGGAGUCUCACUACUGUGCUGCUGUCAAAGAGGAGUUGAAAUGUAUCACUGGACCAUCAGAUCUCACAACUGAGGUCGAGAGCAAGGCAGCAUCCUAUGCCACAUCAUUUUUCUACCAGUUAAAGGUGGUAUGCUGGAGGACAAUGCUGAACGUUUUCAGGAAUCCUCAGACCUCAUAUGCUCAAAUGGUAAUGAACAUUCUCUCUGCUCUGCUGAUUGGACUCAUCUACUACCAGAUGCCUUUAACUCUUCCUGAAGCCUUGCAGAACAGGAUCGGAGCGUUCUUCUUUCUCAUCAUCAACAUGGUGUUUGGCAACCUAUCAGCAGUUGAACUCUUUAUUAAUGAAAGAGCAAUCUUUGUGCACGAGAACUCUGGGGGAUAUUACCGUACAUCUGUGUAUUUCCUGUCCAAGGUGUUUGUGGAUCUGUUACCAAAUCGCAUUGUGCCGAUUUUCAUCUUCUCCAGCAUUUCUUACUAUAUGAUGGGGUUGAAUCCAUCAUUCACGGCCUUCCUGUGCUUUGCAUUGACCAUGUCCAUGGUCAGUCUGGCAGGAGUCAGCUUGGCCUUCCUGGUCAGUGCCAGCGUGAGCACAUUCGCCAUGGCCAACGUCCUCAUUACCUUGCCUUUUGUCUUCAUGAUGGUAUUUGGAGGGUUCCUGGUGAAUCUCAACUCCAUGCUCAACUGGCUGUCCUGGCUCAAGUGGGCCAGUAUCUUCAGAUAUGGACUAGAUGCUGUGACUAUAAAUGAAAUGAAAGGGCAGGUCUUCUACAGUGACAAUGCGACACUAACAGGAGAGAUGUAUCUGGAGUCUCAGGGGAUCGACUACAGUGUGUGGGGCUUCUGGCAGAACCAGGUGGCUCUUCUGGGCAUUAUACUGGUGUGCAUGACGUUUGCAUACGUACAGUUGCGCAGGAUCAACCGCUGGAAAUAAUGUGCAUGUUCUACAUAACAGAUUCACUCGUACACACAUUAUGUAAAUUCAUAAAAUUCUUAUUUUGUUACACCAUGUCCAUUUCUGUAUGUUUAAUUCACAUUUGUCUAUGUAAAUUAUUAUAUUUAAAUGUAAUUAUUAAUCUAGGCUUUCUAGGAUUGACACUGAUACAUUUUUGGAAAUAUGAAAUGCUCUGUAAAGCUUAAAAAGGCCAUGUCAUGCAACAUAUCUGUAUUUAAAAUUCAUUAUCAGCUAUUUAAAUGCUUUUCUGCUAAAUUUAGUACAAUUAUUAUAUAAAACGAUUCAUGAAAGGUAAAGUGACUAAAUGUUUCUCUUGUAAAAUCCCUGUUUGUGCAGUUGGACUAUUAAUUCAACUUUAUAGUUACUGACAUAUAACCUUUGUGACAUGUAAAUAUAAAUUAAACUUAAGUUCUCAAUUCUUUGUGCACAUAGAAGGCAUGUACUUCUAAAAUGUAUGGUCAUAGAUUUUUCUCUAUUUAACUAAAAUUUCAAUAUACGUUAAAAUUCAUUUUUCAUAUAUUUUGAUCUAUAUUUGUUUAUCACAUCAAUAAAAUUUUAAUGUGUAGCCUAGUAGUGCACUUAAGUGAAUGCAUGUUGGUUUGCUUGCAUAGACCGUCAGUAAUGUAACCACUAGGCGGCAGCAGCGUUCUGAGUCAUGACCUGCUGUCACUUACAUUCUGCACGUUCCUCCAUGUCUUCCGCUGCCCUGAUAUUAGUUACACACACAACUGUAUUUUUUAGAAGUAGUUUGAUUAUCUAUUAUCAUAGUAGCUAUCAACUGAAAUUUUUCAUUCUGUCUUUUAGCUAUACAUGCAUACAGCUCACACAGGCCAUCAUAAACCAUGCAAGGCAUUUGUUUACUGGAUAUUUUCAUAUUGCGAAAAAUGAA